ACCAGCCAAAUUUGCACUCUUCCUCAAUGCCAACAGCGACGACAACGGUCUCAAAGCGGUCGGUCUCCAAGCAUAUCACAGUCAAAGCGGCUGUCAUGACCGCACCGUCCUUGGAAGAAACGUCUUCAACACCACUGGCAAACACGGGCACCACGGCAGCUACUCUGCGUUCCUUAUACACCCGUGCAGCUCGCGCCUUCCUCCAUCGCGAUAUUUCUCUAACUUAUUCCCUCAUCCAAUCCGCCUUUUCUCUUCUCAUUCCUCCGAGCGUACUUCCAGACCCACUGGCUGAAUUUCGUCGGAAAUGGGACAUUCUUCGGAUCACGCUGGAAACUACCGUUUAUGCCUCGCCGCCUCCUUCGCACAAGGCCUUACCGGGACCCCUUUGUGCUAAUCUCAUGGAGUCGCCUCAGGCUUUGAUUUCAGCGAGCUAUAGCCGUUCUGUGAUGCUUUUCACACCCGCGUCCCAGGCUACUUCGAAUUCUGUGUAUUUGCCUUCACAGGUGCUUAUUACGCUGUUGUGUUCGAGUUUGAAGGUGGAUUGCCCGGAUGUUGGUAGGGCGAUGGUGGAGGAUUGGCUUGCGCGGAGAGAACCUCGUUACCUCUUGAAUGAUUGUUCAGACGCCGAACCGGACGGUGAUGGAUAUGAGAAGGUUUUGGAAUUGUAUUGUCUCCAUAUCCUGCCGAAAUUGGAACAGUGGGAUUAUGCGAAAGAGUUUCUCCAGUAUGAAGGAGAACUACUUGUUGAGCGUCGAGAGGUCGUUACCGUCAUCAUCAUCCUCGUCUGCCCCUCCUUCUCGACCGUACUCCCCUUCCUCGUCCUCCUCGUCCUCCUCUCUUUCAACGACAUCCACACAUACCGUUGUUCCACGCACCAAUGGACUCACGUCUCUCGCGCAAGCAUCAUCAUCGACCACGUCUCUCUCGUCCGAUACCACCGCUACUCCGCGUUCCUCCCAGUUACCCAGGAUACCGAACGGUACAAAAUCGCGCAGGAUGAAUUCGUCAUCCACAUCACACAGCUCGAUGACAUCAUCCUCUCCGCGUGCCCAUGUUCAAUCAUUCGUGCAGCCACCCAGUCUAACGACCAGGUGUUGGGUGGGAAGGGACAAGCUAGCAAUGCAGAUUUGGUCCGAAGGAGGCUGCAGGUCGGUGGUACAUCUGAGGGUGGAAUUGUUGUUAAAGUGUGGGGUGAAGUUGUUCGAGCUAUUGGGGACACUGUGAAAAUGGCGGCGAGUGUAAAGAGUGCACACAGUUUAACACCGUCGCCAGUGCCCACAGUCAUCGACUGGAACGACACCUCUGACUUUGACGACAGCGACUCCAGCGACAUCAGCGUCCUCAUGCCCAAUGAUCAUUCUCGCCCUGCCAGCCCUUCUCGCUCCAUUUCUCCUGCCCCUCAUCGUAGCACCGCCGUGCCACUCCUCACACGCUCCUCCUUCCCACCCGACUCUGCAACUUCCCAAAGCAUCCGCACGCCGUCCCCAGCAUCGACCAACCCAGCUACAGUCGUUAUGCCACUCUUUGUCCGGAACUCGUGGGGCACAGAGAUGAGUCCCAGCGAUGUGGCCUCUGUUCUCGGCAUCCGCAUGCAGGACGCUCAACCUCAACAGCGUGAAAGCCCAAAGGAACCCAAGCCGCCUCUUGAUUUACAGCAGAUCCUUUCGUCUCAACCAUCUUCUUCGUCCCACUCUUUGUUCUCGCCUCCCAGUCAAUCCCAAUCUUCUCAAGUCCCUACUCCACCCAGACAAGAGUUUGGCUCGCUGGUAGAGAGGAUGCAGGCUGCCUCUAUAACAGUCUCUCCACCUCCCACGCCUUCGCCCGAACCGCCUGCCUACAUGGAGGAUUCAGCUGUGCUCACAGAACCGGCGAAUACACCACCCCCGCAGCAGCAACCACGGCCGUCGACGAGACCGCCUGCAUUACCUAGUUGGUUCAUGGACCGAUACAUUGCGCCUCCCUUGAUGCACACGGGGACUUUCAGCCCCACUCCGUAUCCUGUUGGUGUGCCGCCCCGCCCGCCCAGCGAUACGUCGUAUCUCAGCUACACUCGGCCCACGCCAUCGCCUUAUCAAAGCAACACCAACGAUAGGCAUGCAGGUAGAGCGCCAAGGUCCAGAGAAAUAUCUCCAGUUCGUCCACUUUCGAGCGCGAGCAGCUCGUCGUCUGGCAGGAUCUUUGCUACCCCACGUGCACCAUCCCACUCGCCUGGCUCUGGAAGGUUCAACAACGGGCGGACAUACUCGGUGCAUGAGCCGUACCUGCCUCCUCCGAACUUUGGCCUCUUUGAGGGAAGCACCAUAAGCACUGCGACUCCCAGUCCAAGUUGGUCGCCUACGUUUUCCGCACCGACUCUCCCCAUUCGUAUUCCGCCUGCUCCGUCUUCUAGGACAAGUGCUCCUGCCCCUCGUACGGGUGCUCCCUCCUCUCGUGCGGAUCGCACAGUCACGGACGCAUCUCCCACUCGGACAGACGACACCCCUCGUAGGCCACCUUUACCUAGGUCCAGAACCCGGUUCGCACCUAACCAGUAUUAUCACUCCCCCGAGACAUUCCCGCCUGCUGGAGGUUCGAGUGCGCAAGAUAACGCUCAACCACAUAGUUAUGGCAGUAAUUCGACUUCUGAGCCCCCGUUUUGGGAUACUCCUCCGCUGCCUUCGCCUCCUCCUCUUGCUCCCCCCAGUGUGAUGGCAGGACAGCGGGGUGUGCCGCCCCCAACGUCGUCGAUGUGGGAACACAUGGGUCAUGGUGGUGUCAAUACCAAUACACCUGGGUCUUAUUCGUUUGCUCAAGCCACGCCAAGGGCGAAUCCUACCACCACCACCAACACCAACAGCGCUAGGCAUCCAUCCGACACGACUCCUGCCAGCAGACCAGGCUACUACCACACCCCGUCCCUCGGCCCGAUCCCUGCUCCCGUGAUGUCGACUCCAAGCUGGUACUUGCCCAGUUUAUCGUGGCCGCCGUCGGCAGCUGCGUCGCAGCUUCGUUUGGUACCUCCUUUGUCGCUGCCGACUGGGAAUCAGAUCAAUGCUGGACCGAGAGUUUGUAGCGCGCAUGCUCAGCAGCUUGGUAGUGGUUCUAUGCAGCAGCCUGGCUCUACGGCUUGGGGUCAGCAGCAGCCUGGCUCUACGGCUUGGGGCCAGCAGCAGCCUACCUCUACAGCUUGGGGCCAGCAGCAGCAGCAGUCGACGGUCAACGCGUCUACGCCUUGGUCGAGCAGUUCUGCUACGCCGUGGUUGUUGCAGACACCUGGAGCGCAUACGCCCUGGCAGCCAUUGGCUCCUGCUCCGUGGCAGCAGCAGCCCAGUUCUGCUUCGUGGCAGUCUUGGCAACAACCACCGACUUCUUCUGCUCCAUGGCAGUCGCAGUCGGUCAAUACGCCUUGGCAGCAGUCUAUCAAUGGGCCGUGGCAGCAACAACAGCCACAGGGUACUCCCAUGGAGCAGGUCUAUGCUGCUGCUUCUCUCAGGCGGCAGCAGAUGGCGGCCAAUAAUGGUUCGACCUUGAGCCAGCAUCCUCCACCUAUCUUGGUCCCGAUCAAUCCUACUCCCUGGCAGCAGCCUCCUGUUCCUUUCGGGCAGCAGUCGGUCAAUGUUACUCCUUGGCAGCACACCUGGCCCGGCUCCACUCCCAGGCGCAGGGAACUUCCUCCAAGACCCCUACUCAACUACCACCCGAGGUUCACGUUCCCCGAUGGAACUGUUGAAGAUGUGACUUACAAAGUCCACCGGUACUUCUUUGACCAGCACUCGAGUUUCUUCCAGACGCUUUUGCAGUCGUACCCGCCCUAUUCUGGCGCUGCGACCGUGGAUCCGAUUUUCCUCCAGGAUGUGACUAGGACAGAUUUCGAGCGUUUGCUUUCGGUGUUUUACCCUCUUAACCUCAGCGAACCCGACCUCAAGACGACCGCCGAAUGGACCUCAGUCCUCACUCUCUCCACUAAAUGGGUAUUCACCCAGCUCCGCCAGCGCGCCAUCAAAGAACUGGAGAAACUCACGGGCCCAACGGACCGGAUCCUCCUCGCGAAGAAGUACGCCGUCAAAGAGUGGUAUGUUCCCGCGUACAAGGAACUGUGUAUCAGGAGGCAGGCGAUGACGUUGGAGGAUGGGCAGAAGUUGGGGUUGGACACGGUUAUUAAGGUUUGGGAGUUGCAGCAGGAGUUUGAGUGUUUGGAUGAGUGUUGUGAUGAGAUGCAUGUUGCGAAGCUGACUGGUUGGACUUUUUUCCCGCAUAGACUCUCAAAUUCGAUACACAAGUCACAACCACUGCUUGUUGUAAAGAAGGCAGUCCACAUCGGAAUGGUGUCUCGAUCGCAAAUGCCGCCCAAGUGCCGCCCGAGUGGAAACAAAAUCCGCCUAUACCCGAACCUGGGACCAGGCAUCGUGGCAUGA